CAAUGAUGUCCAUCAUCUUCUUCCAUACCUUGUUUUGGGGAGUAAAGCAUAUCUCAUCAAUGAAUCAUCACUCAAAAUGUAGAAAAAUAUUGAAAUACCACUUGUGUGUUACGCCGUAGUUUCUCAACAUCUCACUCAUUGACUAAACUAUCGUUACAUCUUGGUGGCUUUACUCUAUUUAUUCCUACAGAUAUUCGAUUCCCUACCCUCAAAACUUUAAAUCGUUCAUAUGCUACCUUUGAAAGUGACAAAUCAAUUGAACAAUUUUUUUUCUGAGGGGUGCCCUGUCCUACAAGAAUUGACUUUGAACUAUUGCUGUUGGUUGUACAUCAAGCAAAUCACCAUUGCUACCUCCACAUUGAGGAUUUUGACCAUCCGUUCUGACCCUUAUUGCCUAAAUUGUGAUGAUUUCUCCGAUUUCUCAGUCAAGAUUGAUGCUGUCAAUCUUGUAUCUUUAACUUGCACAAGUCGUCCAACCAUACAAUAUAUCAUUGUUAACCCCCCAACUUCCAUAGUUGAUGCAUAUAUUGAAUUUGACAUACACCUUCCAAUUACUUAUUUAAUGAAAUAUGUUUCUUCUCCUUAUUCGGACACUUUUAGGGAACCUCUCUAUGUAAUUGAUCAUCUCCAUCCCCUUCCUGAGCUCCACAAUUUGACACAUCUUUGUCUGGAUUUGGAGAUUAUCUUCAGUAGAAAAACAUUAAUGGAAUUCCUCUUAAGGUGUCCUAAAUUGGAAGCUCUUGUUUUUCCUCAGGGAAUUGGCAAACUCGUGGAUAAGAGAAACUAUGCAUAAAUUCCAGUGCCUUAUUGUUUCAAAUUUCUUCUCUCAAGUACCACCUCAAAACUCAUAUACAAAGAAAGUUUUAAGAUCCUCAAAAUCAUUGGUUUGGUAAUGUCCCAUGUCAAAUCAAUUUUAGGAUAUUCCAUAACCUACAUAAUAUCAUGAAAUGGAAAUAAAAUUUUAAAAACCAUAAUUCAU